AGGGGUACAAUCUGAAAAGGUUGAUAUUAAUCCAUUCAUUAUCCUUCCUACUUCCAUUCUCACUUUCUUCAAUGGCGGCUUCAUGUUCUUGUUCAUCCUUGACUCUCCACCCACAAUUCUCUCAAUCCCUGAAACCCCUUUCUUUAUCAUCAUGUUCUUCAUUUCGGCAAUCGAAUCUAUCAAUCAAUUUACUCAAAUCUAAUCGCAACCUCAAGAACCAGGGAUUUGUUGUCCAAGCCGCGUGGACGCGAAGAUCACGAAGCGAAGCAGAAAAACGCCCCAACAAGAAAUCAUGGAAACAGAGGACGGAUAUGUACAUGAGACCAUUUCAACUAAAUAUUUUCUUUUCCAAAAGAUUCAUCCAUGCAAAAGUGAUGCACAGAGGUACUAGCAAAGUGAUAUCGGUUGCCACCACAAAUGCAAAGGAUUUAAGGAACACGUUGCCCUCGCUCAUAGAUAACGAGGCUUGUAGAGUCAUCGGGAGGUUGAUAGCCGAGAGAUCAAAGGAAGCCGACGUGUAUGCAGUGGCUUUUGAAGCAAAAAAGAACGAACGGAUUGAGGGGAGGCUCGCAAUUGUUCUUGAUACUAUUAAGGAUAAUGGUAUUAUUUUUGUUUGAGCUUUUAGUAAAUAGACAGUUGGCAUAAUUGUUGUUCGAAUUCUUGAUGUUGGAAAGUUUAGUGUAUCUUUUUUGGCAUUUUUACAACUAAGUAGACAUGGCAAAACGAGCAGGUUUAAUAACGCGUAA